GCUUCGGUUUGUCAAGCAGAGGGCGUGUGGCUCGCCGUACCUGAGAGGAGCGAGCGUCUCUUGUCACGUAUUCUGCGAAAGGGGGGCAGAGGAUUAAAAGCGGACCAAGGCACCUGUCUCUACUGCUCUGGGAUGCCGUGCCGUGUCAGUGUCGCAUUAGAAAUAAUGUUUCCCCUGCGCUUGUUUUGCAACUGAUGAAGAAUAAUUUUGAAGGCAUGUUCACGUGGAUGGCUAUGAAUAUGUUUAUUCCGGUGUUCUGGUGUAACGCGUGAGUCAUCGUUGGCACUGGCAAGCAGGUGCUGUUGUCGGGGUCGUUGACAUGCGUUCCACCUGAGCUCGGCAUCGCCUGUCUCGGUGGUGUGGUGGCAGGAUGCCAGUGCAGGCGGCCCAGUGGACAGAGUUCCUGUCCUGUCCCAUCUGCUACAAUGAGUUUGACAGCAGCGGCCACCAGCCCAUCAGUCUGGGAUGCUCCCACACGGUGUGUAAGACCUGCCUACACAAACUGCACCGCAAGGCCUGUCCCUUUGAUCAGACGCCGAUCAGCACCGACAUCGACCUGCUGCCUGUCAACUGCGCCCUGCUGCAGCUGGUUGGCGCUCAGGUCCCAGAUGUUCAACCCGUGAGUCUGAGCAGUGCAGCAGAGGUUAAACACUAUGAGGUCUGCAGGAUGUGUGUAGAAGAGCUGGCUCUCUACCUAAAGCCUAUCAGCGGCGCAAAAGAAACAGUGGGUUUAACUCCGGAGCUGUCGCUUAAUACAGGUGUGGCAAACCUGAGCCCGAGUGUGCUCAGUAGGCCCAUGCAGAGGAAGCUGGUGACCUUGGUGAACUGCCAGCUGGUGGAGGAGGAGGGUCGCGUGCGGGCGGUUCGGGCAGGCCGGUCUCUGGGGGAAAGGACAGUCACCGAGCUCAUCCUUCAGCACCAGAACCCCCAGCAGCUCUCUGCAAACCUCUGGGCUGCAGUGAGGGCACGGGGCUGCCAGUUUCUGGGACCCGCUAUGCAAGAAGAUGCACUGAAGCUUGUCUUACUGGCUCUGGAGGACGGUUCAGCUCUGUCCAGGAAGGUGCUGGUUUUGUUUGUAGUCCAAAAGCUUGAAGCUCGAUUCCCCCAGGCCUCCAAAACCAGCAUAGGCCACGUUGUGCAGCUGCUCUACAGGGCUUCCUGCUUCAAGGUGACAAAGCGUGAUGAGGACUCCUCCCUGAUGCAGCUCAAGGAGGAGUUUCGCACAUACGAGGCCCUGAGGAGGGAACAUGACGCGCAGAUCGUCCACAUCGCAAUGGAAGCGGGCCUGCGAAUCUCACCUGAGCAGUGGUCCUCUCUGUUGUAUGGAGACCUGGUCCACAAGUCACAUAUGCAGUCCAUCAUUGACAAGUUGCAGUCUCCAGAGUCGUUUGCAAAGAGUGUUCAGGAGCUGACGAUCGUCUUGCAGAGGACAGGAGAUCCUGCCAACCUCACAAGCCUUAGACCACACCUAGAACUGCUAGCCAACAUAGACCACAACCCAGAUGCUUCCGCACCAUCAUGGGAAGAGCUCGAAAGUGUGAUGCUGGCUGUAAAGCUGGUGGUUCAUGGUCUAGUGGAAUUCAUACAGAACUUCAGCAAGAAGAGCCAUGAAACUCCACAGCCUCAGGCAAACAGCAAGUAUAAGACCAGCAUGUGCCGAGAUCUUCGUCAGCAGGGAGGCUGUCCUCGAGGAACCAGCUGCACAUUUGCGCACACACAGGAUGAGUUGGAGAAAUUUAGAUUGAGGAACAAGAAGAGCAGCAGUGUGGGCCGUGGGUUCCCUUUAGCGCAGGGGGGAAUGAAUAAAACUUUCACCAUGGAGGGCAGCAUUCACUCUGAUGUGUCUGGAGGAGUAGGACAGGGGCUCAAAGGCAAUGGAGACAGCACAGCCACCAUGGCGGAGGGAGUUCCCAGCCUAAAUCACCCUCAGCUGAUCUCCAGAGGGCUUGAUGUGAUGGAGGAGUCUAAGCGAGCUGUGCCAAAUGGAACUAGUGGGCCCAAUGUGUCUGGCUCCAACAAAACCACAUCUGGGUCAGCAGAACAGAAGCCUCUCUCUCCUCCCAGGACUCCAGUCAGCCACUCAUCAGUGAUGUCUCCCUUGACCACAGUCGGACGGUCUGAUGGUGGUGCUCCUAUACCCAAACAUGGUCAGUUUAUUCUGCGUCCAUCACAUCCUUCUCAGGCGUCCGAGGUGUACUACCAGGAGCCUCACUCCACAUAUGACACUGCCCACUAUCAGCCAGCCUCAGGUUCCUAUUACCCAUCAAGUCUUCAUCCCCCUCACAAACCUUGUAUGGCUCGGUUCCUGCGAUCCUCCAACGUCCCAGAAUCCUCUCUGCCACCUUCCAUUGGUCCUCCAUCUUCUUACCCAAAUGAACCUCAAACUCCACACCCACCUUCUUCUUCUUCCUCGGGGUACCCAUCACACCCGCCUAGAGAUCGAAUGGGACCUCACACGUUCCAUGCCCACCCAGGGCACCCAAUGGGCCCUGCUCAUGGAGUUUACGCUCCCCUCUAUGACAGCAGGAGAGUAUGGAGGCCUCAGCUGUACCACAGAGAGGACGCCAGGAGUAACUCACUGCCUCCAGAGGUGCUGCAUUCCUCUGUCUACCAACCUCCACUCAGGGAGAGGUUCAACUCUCUAGACAGCAACUACUGUUCUGGAGCUGAACAUCGUGCAGGGCUACACAGGGACUACGGACGUGUUGCUCUAGGCUAUGAGGAUCUGUUCAGAAGGAAGCAGGAACAGUGGGCUCAUCAUCACCAUCAUCACAGUGCCAACAGACCCUCCCAGUCUUCCCCCAUCUUCACCAUCGAUUUUGGAACAGAGCAUGUGGAAAAUAGUGGAGGUCAGUGUGUGGGAUGCAGGUUCAGAGGUGAUGAAGGCUUGGCUCACUACUCCCCUUGGUCCUGUGGUACCAUCGGGCCCUGCCUCAGCUCAUUUGAGCCUGAAACGCUUGCACACACCUCAUCUCACGCCUGCUCUGAGCACUCGGAGUUGGACAGUAACGAAAGCGGAGGUGGUGGCGUCAGAGAUAGCGGCGUCGGGAAGCGAUGGCUGCAUUCGCUGGAUAACUACCGUCGCUUGAAAGAUGAAGACCCGAUCAUUCCCUUUAGUGAGGGGCCCAUUAUCUCAAAGUGGGGGGCCAUUUCCAGGGCGUCCCGCACAGGCUACCACACCACCGACCCUGUCCAAGCAACAGCCUGCCAAGGGAGCGCCAGUACCACUCCCAUCAACUUCAAAGAUUACAAUGCUCACUUGGAUCACAGUGACUACAGGUGGAGCUCCAGAGGAUCAGACUCUUCCAGCCACUCCAGUUUCCUGGAGAGUGAGCAGCUCUGUGCUUCAGAGCUACAUGCCAGACGAACUUCAAUAGGGAGCGGAGAGAAAAUUGUGUCUGAUCUGCAAGCUCACCGGACCACCUUUAGCCAGGAUCAGGACCGAGCCGAGAGCGAGUCAGACCCAGAUCGAGACAUUGAGCUCGAACUCUGUGCUCUAGACAUGGAGGAUUCGGACCAGCAGGAAAUAAAGUCUCAGGAGUCGUUAGACCUGGUCACCCCACAGUCUCAGGAUGCUUCCCUUCUCCUUUCACCUCCGUGCUCCUCUACCCUCAUCUCAUCUCCUGCAGCAGAGCACCCACAAACAGAGUCAGAAAAAAUGGAUGCUCACCUGUUGAAAAAAAUGGCCUUCAGGAAGUCUCUGUCUCCAGGAGGGUUAGUCUCAGGAGGUCUGGGCAUUGCGAAGCUCCAGGUUGGACCCCCUCGACUGGGUGACACUUCUACCCGGGCUUGUCCCAAAACACCUGGGCCAGAGAUGCUGCUCAAUGGAAGCUAAGAGGACACAAAGUCAGUCACUGACCUGCAAAGAGCUACACCUGAGUUCCACAUCCUGGUUGAAUGGAAAACCUUUUAAUUCCAGCCUUCAUAUAUGUUGAUCACAUGCCUAACUGAAACUUUGACAGAUAAAGGUCAACAGCCUGUGCUGUGCCACGCUGCAAGGUCAAGAGUUAUACACAUUUUACUAAUUUUCCGACUUUGCUGUUUAUGGCUAGGAAGGUAAAUAGCCAGUUUUCCCAUAUAGUAGAUGCUGAACUUGUCUGUGUUUGCCGUACCAAAUCUGGUCAUAUUUACAAGGAGGGUUGGCGAGCUCUUAAACCAUCUGAUUGGUCACAUAGGAUUGAAUUCAUUUGUUUCGGUUUUUUUUUCUUGUUGUUCUGCGUAAGCUGUCAGAUAGCUAAAGUUUAUGGGUGACAAUAAGAUAAGUGAAUGUUCUUCAGUUUUGCCAAGUUUACUGAGAUCCUUUCUCCCAGUACAGCAUUUAGGUACACAGGAAAUUAAACAGAAGUCAUUUGCAGCAGCAGACCCUCCAUUUACUUACGCCUGUCCCAUACAUUCAAUGCUUUGACAUUAAUUCGCUGUGUGUAAUUUGCUUUUAGCUUGUGCCUUGGAAAACAUGCAUUUCCAAAAGUGUCAAAGCAGGUGCUGGUUUAUGGUCAAGGCCCACAUAGCUUUUUAAAGGGUAAACAGUGGGAUUAUUUAUCCCUUUUUUAGGCGGACAAAUUUUUUUUCCAUGUCUUAUUAGGCUAUAACAAAUGCCUUCUCUGAGGAGCCUUAUGUUUCGUAUUGACAUUUCAUUUUACGUCUCUGAAAAGAUUAAGACAUAGAUGUUACUUAUACUGAGACCAAAAAUAGAAAGGGCACGGCACCCUUCUGAGAAAAUUUAAAAAAAAAAAGAGCAGCAGAGGUCUUUAAAAAGUGCUGAUAGUGAAUCAAGCCUCUGUCUUUUGAGUCAUAUGAUCUUUUAAACGUUAGCCUCUGGAUUCCAGUCCUGUCAUGGGAUCAGAGGCACAAACAUACAGACCUAAAUUUUCAAAAGAUCACUGAUCACCUAAGGUCAGUUUUCUACUUUUUUUUUUUUUUUUUUAAAUGAAUGAUACAAUACUUUUAACAUAAAUGUAUUUUAUUUAGGAACAGACUUUGUAGUUCAAGCAGCAGCUAGAGAAAAUGUAAUUAAUUUCUCUACAAGUCAGUUUUAUCUCUUUGUGCCUGUAGUGGCACUAAUCAGCUACUCUUAUUAAGUUAAAGAGUUUCACGCCGUCAUGUGACUGCCAUUCACACAAACAUGAAAUACAGUGGCCUUUCUCUCCUUAGCGUGGUCUAAAACGAAGCAUGUGCUCUACAGCCCCCCCGCUCACACACAAGGUGUGUGAGCGGGGGGACCAUUUCAAAGGUGUUAACGAACACAAAUGUGAUCUUAAAACGGAACUGCAUUUUAAAAAGUCCACCGUCUAUUAUUUCCGGUCCGGUCAUUUUUUGUUUGUUUGUGUAUGUGUGUGUGUUGUGUAAACAAUAUUUACCAGCUGUGCGUGAUGUUUAAAGGUCAAGCCUACCCAAGAGAGGGACGCCACUUCGUGCAUCUGUUCAUGCUAUAAACCUUUGUUUUACUUUUUGAAAAGUUUUGGUUAGUUUCAUUUAACUAACUUCUGUGAAGUUGUUUGUUUGGGUAUUUUUGUAUAGGUUUUUUGCCACUCUUUUGUUGUUAGUUGCGUCUUACAUCACGGUAGACUUGCUUUCUAAUGUUUGUCUGUGUUACAUUACUGUGUGCUACUUCACCGUGGCUUUGUUUCAAUACAGCCCUGCUGUGCCUCACUCCUUUUAUAAAUAUGAGGCUUCUUGUCAUGAGUGAAUUUUUCUUAGUGACUGUAAUAAAUACAAAACAUGAACCCAUAUAUAUAUAUAUGGGAUAUAAAGUUAUGAGGUUUGUUUACAUCCAAUUCUAAAUCUUGAGGAGGGGAGCUAACUGAUUUUCAAGUCUUUCAAGCUCCUUCCUUAAUUUCCUCUUAUCCCCGCUACUGUACCUAUUUAAAAAACAAACUCAGAAACAUAAGCAUUAACAUAUUUUCUCUCAUUAUUUUAUAAAAGUAAAAGGAGAGAGAAAGAGAGAGAAGGGAAUUGGAUAAAUUGGUCUGAGCAUUUCAUUAUAACUUGAUGUGAUACUCUUUAGAAUUUUAAAAACUUUUAUUUAUUUAUUUUUUGUUUUGUCUGACCGUGAAAGCCAAGGGCAGGCACAGGGAUUUAGCUGCUUCCAGACGGUUAUUAAAUCAGCUCAGCUACCUAUACUAUCACUCUGCAUCUGUUUACAGCUUCACCUUUGAAGUACAACAUAAUAAUGUCAAGUGCCAUGUUGGGUACAGUACAAUCAGUCUCUGAAAUCCGCCCCCCGACCCACAGCUUUUAAUUUUCCUUCCCCUGUAAACUGUGCGAGGAGGGAGAGGCUCUGUCAAGUCGAGGAGUGAGAUACUUCUCUUGUAGUUGUGCUUUGUUCCAUUAGAGGGGGCUAGCGGACCCAUGUCUGUUUUGAAUUGCUCAGGGAAGUCUUAAUUUGCUCAGCUACUUUGGCUUUUUCUAUAUCCAUCACUUUGAAUAUUAUGUGGAAGUAUUUACCUGAAUUUCACUUUGCUGAUAACUGACCCUUUCACCCCAACCAUACAUGGGUUAAAGUGUUAGCACUGAUUAUGUUAUUUGCCAAUGUUUACUUUGCCAGUGUUUUCUUUGCCUCUCGGUAUUAAGUAUUGGCUUUGCUAUUUGUGUUCACAUGAGAAAGGGCUGGGCACUACUGUAUGUAAAAACAGUAUUGUGAGUAUUGAAGUAAUGUCAAAGUGAUACUCCCUGUUUCCUAUAAAGUGUCUGGAGCACUGCUGUAGUGGCUAACUGCACUGCACUGAUUCUCCCAUCGCAACCAGUGAGUGCCCCUUCCCACUUCCCUUCAACCCUCCUCCUAAACCUUGGCCCUCCCUGCAUCCUGCGUCAUGCAUGCGAUCUAAUCCCUCUUGUGAUGGCGGAGGAGUAAUGACAAUUCUGUAGUUGUGAUACAACACACCCAGCGCUGUAAGAGUUCUGCACAUGCCCACUGUGUGGCCACGUCAAGUGCUGAAGUUUGCUUGCAGCAUUUUAAUUGCUUGCUCAUGAAAAUCAAUUAUUGUUUAAUAGAGAUUAUAUUAUUAUUGUUAUAACCACAUUUGGUUGUUGUGGUAUUUUUUUUUCUUGGUAUAUUCGAAGUCUGCUUCUUUUGGAUAUGAAAGUUUGCUAAAAAUGUUUUUUAUUAGAAAAAAAGUGUCGCAUUAUUCUAUAUUAUAUGGGGGGAAAGCCUGUUUGUUGAUUGUGAAACAUAUGAACUGAUGUUUUCUGACUAUUCAUGUCUGUAUUAGACAUUUUAUUUGCGAAUCUAUUGUUCGAUUGAAAUGUAAACUAUUAAGAGAUGGUACACAUCCGUCAUUGUAUACAGUCUGACACCAUCAUUAGAUGGACUUUUAGUAUAGACGCUCAUUUAUACAACCUGUGAUAAUCAGAUAUAGUUAAAUGUUUAAGUCAUUGGGGCAGUUGUGUAAUGUUUCAGAAUGAGGAAACUACAAUCCUUAAGAGACGGUAUAUCCAAAAGGUCCCCAAGAUGAAUAAUACUGUUAUGUAUUCCAUUUAUUUCCUUGGAAAUAUCACGUUGUGAAAGGUUUCCCUUUUACUAAUUGUGCAGUAAUGCAGGGCUGGAGUAAAGUCUAACCUAUGGUGGUGAUGAUUUAUGUGCUCUUAAUAAUGUAUGAAAAUGUUUGAGUUUUGUUUUACUGACUGAUUCUUCUGGUGCAUUUUCUGGCUUGUUCAAAUGUAUUACAAUGACUUACAGACAGCUUGGCCCAGCGGCAUACUGCUUCGGGGUUGCACUGAGACGUUAAGUUAUGAAAAAGAAGAUUUUAGCACAUGAAAUUGCAUGCUAUAAUAAAC